CGAUGUGGUUAAUUUCAGUUGUUUUACAGAAGCGUAAACAUGAAAGCGGCACUGGCCAGCCUCGUUUUUGUUCUGACCAUCGCUUAUCUGGAUGGUCAGCAGUUUCGUUAUGACUACACGUACAUGCGGGACAUAAAUGGGUGGUUGAAGCUUCAAGAGAUCCCAGCUACCUGGCAGGAGGCUCGAUUGAGAUGUCAUCUUGAAGGGUCCCUUUUGGCAUCUCCUCUGGACGAUGCGUUGAAGAGCGGCAUGCUAUCUCUAAUAAAGAACAAGAAGACUUCAUGUGGUAUAUUCACCGGCAUCCAUGCGACAUUUUCUAAAGGAGACUACCGUUCUGUUGAAGGGGUCCCAUUGGCGAAAAUUCCUCACGAUUGGGCCGAUUAUGAACCAGAUAAUGCUGGAGGUGAUGAAAACUGUAUCCUCAUGAACCCUGAUGGAAACUUCGCCGAUGUUAAUUGCACUGAAACGUUCCAAUACGUUUGCUAUAAGAAAAAGACUGCAACUCUUGCAAUGGCUUCUUGUGGCAGUGUCGAUAGCGAAUAUGUUCUCAGCAAAGACACUGGUAAUUGUUACAAGUUCCACAAAGUUCCCCGUACCUGGUCGCGGGCCUACAUGGCUUGUUCAGCUGAAGGCGGAUACCUCACCAUUAUUAACAACGAGAAGGAGGCCACGUUCCUAAGGGACCUUUUCGCGAAGAACCCUGCCGGUCAAAUGAUCGGAAGUUUCUGGAAAGACGUUGCCUUCAUUGGCUUCCACGACUGGAAUGAGCGCGGGGAAUGGUUAACGAUAAAUGGUGAGAAAUUACAAGAGGCCGGUUACGAGAAAUGGUCUGGCGGCGAGCCUAGUAACGCGACGACUGGUGAAUAUUGCGGCUCUAUCUACCGCUCGGCUCUACUCAACGACCUUUGGUGCGAAAAGCCGGCACCGUUUAUCUGCGAGAAGGAACCUCGCAGCUUACUCCGAGAGCACGACGACAAAUGAACAAUACUAACUCCGAGUUAGCAUUUCGAGUUAGUUGCA